AUGGAGAAGAUGCAGCAGUUGCCGACAUCUACACUCAGCCUUAUUAACAGUGAGGUCAUUAAUGGUAACUGGAAAGGGAGAUUUGGUAUCGGUGGAAUCGUUAGGAAUGAUCAAGGAAGUCCGCUAUUUGCGUUUGGAAGGCCUGUCAGUAAUCUGGGCUCAGUUAAAUGUGAACUUUUAGCCAUUAAACACGAUUUGGAAAAUUGUGCUGAAUUGAAGCAAAUUCUUCUUCAAAUUUUCUCAGACUCAUUGUUGGCGGUACAAGCAGUUGCCGACAUCAAUGAGUCACGAGGCUACACUCAGUCAUGGGCUAAUGAUAUUCGUACUUAUUUAUCUGAAACAUCAGCAACAACAAGACAACUUAUAUGCGUCGAUCGACAAAUAAAGUUGCUCAUGCUAUUGCGUCUUUUACUUCGUUUUCAAGCUCCAUUUUCUUUUGAAAGCUCCUCUUCCAAGCGAUUGGUAAAGUCUCGCAGUGUGUCCAGAGUCAUCUCUCUCAGUUCCUACUUCGUCCCGGCGGCCCUUCACUUUCACUCGUCAAAAACCAGAGCUCCACUUCUAAUCUCCGACCGGCCGAAACCCGUGUACAGGUCGCUCUUUUUUCAGCUCCGUCUAUGUAAAUACCUGCCGAAUGUUGUACAGUUGUACUUAUCCGGUGAUUUGAUGUCUUUGCCCUUGAAGCAGAAUGAGCUUCCGGGCGAUGUUGAGUCGUCCAGUCCAACUACAAAAGAAGAACUCGGAAGAGCCACCUGGACUUUUCUUCACACUCUAGCUGCUCAGUAUCCAGAUAAGCCGACUAGGCAACAGAAGAAGGACGUAAAAGAACUGAUGGCAAUAUUAUCUCGUAUGUAUCCUUGCAAGGAAUGUGCAGAUCACUUUAAAGAAGUUAUUAGGGCAAACCCUGUUGAGGCUGGAUCUCAUCAAGAAUUUUCCCGAUGGUUAUGCCAUGUACACAAUGUGGUUAAUAGAAGCCUAGGCAAAGUCGUUUUUCCGUGUGAUCGAGUCGAUGCACGUUGGGGAAAGUUAGAAUGUGAGCAAAGAGCUUGUGAUCUAACUGGGAGUUUGAUGGAUUUUGACGAUGCUCUAAAAUGAAGCAGAUGGAUUGAUUGUAUACAUACAAUGUAUACAUACAAUGUGUGCAGUGAGAAGAAAAGAAAAAAAUGGUUGAUGUUACGGGUGUUAAUACGACACUGUAUUGAUGUAGUCCUUAUUUGCAUUACUGUUUCUUCUUUUCCUUUCAUAUUUUGGUAAGAGUUUGUUAAUAUUUUUGAACAAGAUUAGGUAUGAAAAAAUUAGGACGUG